AUGAAGGCGCGCAGUAAAAUGGUGGACGAAAAGACUGUGGUUUUUUGAAUUGUUCGACUUUUAACGCUCACACCUUUUCUAUAAAAGAAAAGAAAUACCUUUUCAUUCUAUUGUUAUCUCCAAGCUCAUUGAGAGUAUUUUUUUCCAACGAGAAAGAAGCUCUAUUUGGUUGAGGACGUUUGAUCUGUUGAACAUGUCGAACAGAGAUGUGCGGAUUUUGCUCGUUGGAGAUCCUCAAGUUGGAAAGACAUCACUGAUCCUGUCUUUGGUAAGCGAGGAGUUUCCAGACGAGGUGCCAUCAAGAGCUGAAGAAAUAACGAUUCCUGCUGACGUCACCCCUGAAAAAAUACCUACACACAUUGUUGAUUAUUCAGCUGAAGAACAAGCUGAAGAUGCUCUUGCAGAGGAAAUUCAAAAGGCAAAUGUAGUCUGCAUUGUGUAUGACAUCACCGAUGAGGAAACAAUAGAAAGGAUAACAAGUGUUUGGCUGCCUCUAAUCAGAAAUAUCACAGARGAUGAAGAACAAAUCAAGCCUGUCAUUAUAGUUGGGAAUAAGGUAUACCUAGUAAAUGUGGUUCUUCCUAUCAUGAAUGACUACACUGAAGUGGAGACGUGUAUAGAGUGCUCAGCAAGAUCUUUAAAGAAUAUAUCCGAAAUGUUUUAUUAUGCUCAAAAAGCUGUACUACAUCCAACAGCACCUCUUUAUUUACCUGAUGAAAAACAAUUACGGCCGCUUUGUGAGGCAGCUCUAACAAGAAUAUUUAAUAUAUCAGAUGCCGAUGGAGAUGGAAUACUAAAUGAUACAGAGUUAAAUAAUUUUCAGAGACAUUGUUUUAAUUCUCCGCUACAAGGGCAGGGCUUACAAGAUGUUAAAAAUGUAGUUAGAAAAAAUGUUGGUAGUGGGCUACGAGAUGGUGGACUAACUCUCCAAGGCUUUCUUUUUCUUCAUACGUUAUUCAUACAAAGAGGAAGGCAUGAGACAACAUGGACRGUGCUAAGAAAGUUUGGUUAUGGUGAAGACUUGCAGCUUAGAACAGACUACUUGUGCCCACCUGGGAUUGAUGUUGGUGCUGACAACACCAUAGAGCUUUCUGAUGCUGGAUAUGAAUUCUUUAUUGAUCUCUUUCGAAAGUAUGAUAAGGAUCAAGAUGAAGCUUUGAAUCCAAUUGAAUUGAAGAACCUAUUUUCACUGUGUCCAACCAUGCCAUGGGGCGAUGAAGUCAUUAGUUCUGCAGAAACCAAUGAGAAAGGAUGGGUAACCUUACAAGGAUUUCUUGCUCAAUGGACGCUAACAACAUUUCUGGACUACACAAGAACCUUUGCAUACCUGGCGUAUUUUGGUUAUGUUCAUGGAGAAACAGAGACUCAUUUGUCAACUGCUAUAACAGUCUGUGUACCUUUGCCUCUUCCAAUAGUCUACUCAGUAUCUAGACUUAUUCAGACCAGAAAAAAGUACAAAAGUGCUCUACAAUACUCCCAGAAUGGUCUAGAAUGGGCAGUUUCUAAACUGGUGACAAGAAGCAAGUCUGUUGAUAUCCAGAAGAAGUCUACAUCACGGACUGUCUUCCAGUGUUAUGUCUUUGGAGCACCUGGUGUUGGGAAGACCACAUUCCUCCAAUCAUUUCUUAAUAGAACUGUUAAGUCAUUAGGUUCAGACAAAAUGGUUUCUCAUUAUGUUAUCAAUCUAACUGAAGUUCACAGACAAGAAAAGUACCUUGUGCUACGAGAAAUUGAUUGGGAAAGCUCUGGCUUAUUGCUUCAUGACCGUCGUUGCGAUGUGGCCUGCUUUCUGUUUGACUCCACYGAUGCAGCAUCAUUUGCACAAAUUGUACAACUACAGGAGAAACUUCCCAAAACAGUKCCAUGUUUGUUUAUCUCAACCAAAAAUAAAAGAUCUGUUGUUAGACAAGAGUAUGAACUACAACCAGCAAUGUAUACGUCACUUAAUAAACUACCAAGUCCAAUGAUUUUAAGUGAAAAGCCUGAAGAAAAUCAAGAAAUUUAUACCAAAUUAGCAUAUAUGGCAGUUUACCCACAUUUAUGUGGACCAAAUGCCAACAACAUGGGUUCGUUUUGGCUUUUUACUGGACUAGGUGCAACAACAGUUGUUCUCUUAGCAUUUGUUGCAUACAGAUACUUUCGCAAGGGUAGCAGUACGUAACGGCGUCACAAGAAUSUGCUAUUCCUUGGACAUUGACUGAACAUGGCCAGUUGUUUUAUCUCACUGAACUUCCUCAAACUUUUUGGGUUUCCCAYGCAUGGAAAUAAAACAACUAAAUUUUGAUUUGUUGCUUGUUUAAUAAAGUUCUCCACAAGGGACYUGCUAAGAGAAGCCACUCAGACACUGGAUAAGCUCUUGGCAGCAGAUAAAACAAAAUAAAACAUUUAAAGCUCUCCAAAUUUUUCUCCCACUCUAUCUGACAGAUCAAUAGCAAUGAUAGGGAUACACUUUUCAUUGAUUGUAGCAAUUCUGGAACCCUACUAUUUUUGUUUGACUUGCCUCAACAUUGUUCCAUUGCUAUGUGAAAAGUAGGUGAUUUUGCAAUGUAAUAAAAGAAUCAGACCCAA